GUCAGAUUGGUUUUAUUGUUUGUGGAAAUUGCAGUUUUCUAAUGACUUUUUGUGGAUUUAAUUAGCAAAAUAACGUCUGAAUAUAGUCAUCCUAUUUCAAUUACACCAGGUGAAAAUAUAGCAAAUGGUUUUGUUAGAGACGCAAAGAGAAGUCUUUUUUAAAAAAAUAAAUGCUAUAGAAUGUGCAACAAAGUGGAAGGUGUUAGUAGUAGACAGGAAAACUGCAGACAUUAUCAAUCGAUUUACCUCUGUCCAUAGACUUUUGGAAGAAAAGAUUGCAGCGGUGGAGAUUUUAGAAAAUGCAAGGACUCCAAACUCAUCUUUUGAGGUUUUAUAUAUCCUUCACUGUCAAGAUAAACUAGUCGACUGUAUUUACAAAGACCAAGAGUAUCCAAACAGCUAUUCUGGUAUUCAUAUCAUGUUUAUUGAUCGAAUUAAGCCUCAAGUUGUUGAUCGCUUAAAAAAUUCUAGUAUCACUUCAAAACUUCGUUCAGUACAGAUUGGAUAUUUGGAUUAUUUUGCUCUUGAGUCCAGAUAUUUUCAAGUGCACGACGAGUAUUCAGGGUUGCGUCUUUAUCAUCCUUCUUCUGGUCCUAUUAUUCGGCAAGAAUUAUCAAAUAUUGCACAUGGAAUUCUUUCCGUUUGUGUAAGUCUUGGAAUUGCCCCAAACAUCCGUUGUUAUUAUCCCAAAACAGCCAAACAUACCUCAAAGACGAUGUCUUUUAUUUUAGCGUCACAACUUCGUGACAUAGUUGAUGAAUACUGUAACACUCAUCCCGGGUUCCAAGAAUCUUCUCAGAAAUCUACUUGCUUAAUUGUUGACCGUUCCUUAGAUGUUGUAUGUCCUUUUGUGCACGAAUUCACCUAUCAGGCUAUGAUUCAUGAUUUACUCCAAAUUAAAGAUGAGUCUUAUCCUUUUACGAUAAUGGGUCCUCACGGUUUAGAAACCCGGACUGGCAAGUUAUCUGAUGAUGAUUCUGUGUACGUUAAGAUACGGCAUAUGCAUAUGCGCGAUGCGAUUGAACGGUUAAUGGCUGAUUUUAAUAAGUUUUGCGAAGAAAAUACUAUUUUUCUUGAUAAAGGACAAGCCUCCUCUCUUAAUGACAUGCGAAGCAUGCUUGCUGGUCUGUCCGAUUUUCAAGAACUCCGUAACGAGUAUUCUCUUCAUUUAGCCAUGGCACAGGAGUGCAUGAAUCUUUUUGAAAAGGAAAAUUUACUUUCCAUUGGUUCUGUUGAACAGGAUUUAUCGACAGGCUCCAACCCUGAGGGGAAAACUCCGCGAAACGUGCUUUAUGAUUUACUUCCUUUACUAGAAGAUGAUUCAACAUCUGAGGCAGAUAAGCUUCGUCUUCUCAUCCUUUACAUCACUUAUAGAGAUGGUAUUAUUCUUCAGGAUCUGAUGAGACUAUUUCGACAUAGCAAAUUGCCUAGUCAUCGUCAAGAGAUUUUGCAGAAUCUAGAACAGCUUGGGGUAAGAAAUGUAAAGCGAUUAUCGGAUUCCAGUACGAAACGAAAGGAGGUUGCAAAAUCGUUACCUGCAGGCGAGGAAACCUAUGAGCUUUCAAGAUUUGUUCCUACUUUAAAAGCAGUUAUGGAAUCUCUGGUACAGGAUGAUUUGGAUAAGGAAUUGUUUCCUUUUAUCCGUGAUCUCAACCCGGAGACAGAGUUGGAGGUAGAGCAAACCUCUUUGCGAAGCUCAAGACCAUCGUGGACUCGUUCACGAUCCAUAGCGACACGCUUACCCAAAGAAAAGUUUUUAGUUUUCGUAGCAGGUGGUACUACUUAUAGCGAACUUCGAUCGUGCUAUGAAAUUUCUGAAAAACUCAAUAAAAAUAUCCUCAUUGGAAGCACAUCCUGUUAUUCUCCUAAUGAAUGGCUUGAGUUCUUCUCGAAAUUCCGAAAGUCUAGGGAAGAACUGAAAUUUCCGGAAGAUAAUUCUGAGCCUAUUCCAUGUUUACAAGCUCAACCGAGUAAACUCUUAAAACAGCCGACCGUAGAUGUACCAUCAUCUCCAUUCGAAAGUACGUCGGCUCCUACUGCAUUGCCUAGUAAAGAAGCUGAUAAAAAGAAAGGAAAAACUAGUAAGCUCGGAAAACUCAUGUCUACAUCGAAGAAGGAUAAAGACAAGGAUAAAGUUUUGACGGAAUCGAAUGAUAAAAAGAAGAAGAAGAAGUUUGGUGUGUUCUAAGUUUUCUUCGCGAAUUGAGAAGUAACUUUUUUGACCUUGUCUCAUGAUAUAUAUAGAAACAAGAGGUUUUUUACGAUUUUAACUUUUUGAUUUAUAAUGAGUUUUACAGUUAAUGACUUUGAAUUGAUAUAUAUGAACAAAGCUUUGAAAGUGUCAAUUUUUGUAAGGGGAAUGUUUAUUACUCAAGUUUUAAAAAAUAAAAAAUCCCAUCAAGGAAAGCCUAGGUAUAUACAAAAUUCGAGAAUUAAUUAGAUAGAACAUGACAAGGUGAACACAAAACCAAAAGGACCGAAUCUAGGAUCAUAAAGCCAUUGAUUAUAAGUUAGGAAAAGAGAGCAUUCAUUGGUCUUGCAGGACGCUCUUAAACUAAAUAGAAUGUUAGCAAAUG